CCGAAUGCGCAAGCAAUGCCGCUAGCCCCCGUGGCAAGGGCGGUUUGGUGGGCAUAUCUCGCGUGCCGCCCGCGAAUCCGCGGCAAUCAGGGCCCACGAAACGUCGCCCCGUCCACUCGCCCCGCUCCGCUCCUCCCGUCCCGUUUCGCCCACGCGGCAAAACGCGCGACACCAACAGACGAGGAGCCGUUGCUUCUGCUCUCGCUCCGAUUCGUCGCUCCCCCCUCCGGUCCCCAACUCCGUGAGCGCGGCGGGAUGGCGAGCACCGCCGCCCCCAGCCCACUCCCCGUGGUCUCCCUCUCCGCGCGCCGCAACAUGUCCACGGCGCCCGGCGCGGCCGCCUUCCCCCAGCCGCCGCGGCUCUCGAGGCGUUGCGAGCCCUCCACGGGAGACGCGCCGCGCUCCAGGCUGCGCGCCGCGGCCUCCAGCUCCAAAGCGGACCCGGUAGAGGAUAGGGCCCCCGUUGCGCCGGUCCCGGACGCUCCAGUUCCGGCCGCCCCAUCCCCGCCGAUGGAGCCUCAGCCUCAAGUAACUACCGGCACAUGGAAAUGGAGGGGCUACAACAUUCGGUAUCAGCACGCGGGGACGUCGGGCCCUGCAUUGGUUCUGAUUCAUGGGUUUGGGGCAAACAGUGACCAUUGGCGGAAAAAUAUUCCUGUUCUUGCCAAGGAAAACAGGGUAUAUGCGAUUGAUCUAAUUGGUUACGGAUAUUCUGAUAAGCCUAAUCCACGUGAGAUUGAAGAGAACUUUUAUACCUUUGAGACAUGGGGAGAACAGCUGAAUACGUUUUGCGCUCAAGUGGUCAUGAGUGAAGCUUUCUUCAUAUGCAAUUCAAUUGGAGGUCUUGUUGGUCUGCAGGCAGCUGUUAUGGAACCUCAGAAGUGUAAGGGUAUUGUUUUAUUGGAUAUUUCACUAAGGAUGCUUCAUAUCAAGAAACAGCCGUGGUUUGGAAAGCCUUUCAUCAAAUCGUUCCAAAGUCUCCUAAGGAACACUAUUGUUGGGAAGCUCUUUUUUAAUGCUGUUGCCACACCAGAAUCUGUGAAAAAUAUUCUUUGUCAGUGCUACCAUGACACAUCUGCAGUGACAGAUGAGUUAGUUCAGAUUAUUCUACAGCCAGGGCUUGAUCCUGGUGCAGUGGAUGUAUUCCUUGAGUUCAUCUGCUACUCAGGAGGUCCUCUACCCGAAGAGUUGCUUCCAUUAGUGAAGUGUCCAGUUUUGGUAGCCUGGGGGGAGAAAGACCCAUGGGAGCCUGUGGAGCUUGGAAGAGCCUAUGCAUCUUUUGAUGCAGUCGAAGAUUUUGUUGUCUUGCCAGAUGUUGGACACUGUCCGCAGGAUGAAGCACCUGAGCUUGUAAAUCCACUUGUCGAAUCAUUUGUUAAGCUCCAUAGUUAGCACAUGGGUGGGCCUGCUUUCUGUCUUUAUUAGAGCCCUUUCCCACUGGAGCCUGGAUUUGCUGGAAAAUGGGAAUGCAUGGUUGUAUUAUUUUGGGAUAACAAAUGAGCCCUUCUGUUACAACCAUGUACUUGCAUCUGAAUGCUGGUGGCAAACUUUAUUUGACUCAUUAUAAUUCAAGUAUAAGAAAUCAUGAGGAAACAUCUGAUUUUAUUACAGCAAAGGAAGAACCUGUCUCCUCAGAGCAGAGAGAUCCCUUUAGAACGUCUACAGUAAUGACUUCGCUUAUGUUACUUUCAAUACGUCUGGCAACAUCUAAUUCUGCAUCCUAGUGGGGUUAAUCUAUUAAUGUUCCAAGUGCAUCAUGAUGAUAUGUUUAAUUCCAUAUUUAUAUGUACUUUCCUUAAUGUAAGGUAUAUAAAAAUUGUAUACUCAAAGAACAAGUGCUGGAUUACACCCUGUACCAGGGGACGAAAUAUACGUCAUGUGACUCUGACAGAUCGGAUGUACUACCAAAUUUCUGUACCGUUCUGCUGCAUGCAACAGGAGAGAUAUUUGUUCAUCUAAAGGCCUCUUUGGAUCGUAGGAUUUUCAUAGCAAUUUUGGAGGAUUUUAAUCCUUAGGAAUUUUUCCUAGAUCCUUUGGAACAAAGGAAUGGGCUUGUUAAAUUCCUAUGAACAUCCUAUGAGAUGGCUUUUUUCAUAAGAAUUUUGAAGGAAUCUCAUGGAAAAUUUAAUU